CCAAAGUAAACGGGGGUGGACAAUAGAGGACUGGACGGGAGCUUCGCUUCGCCCACCUCUAUCUCCGGGAAACAUCCUCAAAAUCUGAUGCUCCAAUAAUCCCCCAUCCCUCUCCUCUUUGAAUCUCUCUCUCUCUCCACACCACCACCUUCCUUUUUUCGUCCUUUCUCCACCACUUUAACCUUGUCUCUAUAAUUUUGUCUCUCUCCCUUCCCUCUAACGGGAACCCCAAACAAGAGAAUUCAGAAGACUGCUUCGGCUUCCACCGAUUGGAUUGGAUUGCUUAUUCCGAUUGAAGAGAUCAUCAUCAUCAUCAAUCACCAGCAAACGUUGUUAGUCACGAAAUCAUCCAAACAUGCAAGCAGCUGCCAAUUGCCUUAUUGGUUAAAUACUGUACUAAUUCACAAUAAAAGAAGAAAAAGAAAGGGGCAAUCAGGUCAAGGGAAGCACCGAGCCAUGAGGGGCAAUCAGCCACCAGUCCCCACCGACAGUCCCCACCGCCGGCGUAAGCCCGACCUAACCUUACCUAUGCCACAACGGGUCCCUUCUUUAGCGGUGCCUCUCCCUCUCCCUCCUACCUCGGCGCCCUCAUCAUCUCUGGAAAGACUCAACCGAAUCGGCAGCGGCAGCGGCGGCACUGUCUACAAAGUCAUCCACCGCCCAACCGGAAAGCUCUACGCCCUCAAAGUCAUCAACGGAAACCUCGAGGACACCGUCCGAAACCAGAUCUGCCGCGAAAUCGAGAUUCUCCGCGACGUGGACCACCCCAACGUUGUCAAAUGCCACGACAUGUUCGAUCACGCCGGCGAGAUCCGGGUCCUUCUCGAGUACAUGGACGGUGGGUCCCUCGAAAGAACCCACAUCCACCAAGAGCCUUCCCUCGCCGAUCUCUCCCGUCAGAUCCUUUCCGGCCUGCACUACCUCCACCGCCGUAAAAUCGUCCACAGGGACAUCAAACCCUCAAACCUCCUAAUCAAUUCCAGAAAACAGGUCAAAAUAGCCGAUUUCGGGGUAUCAAGGAUAUUGGCACAGACAAUGGAUCCUUGUAACUCUUCUGUUGGGACUAUUGCGUACAUGAGUCCGGAGCGAAUCGACACCGAUAUCAAUCAAGGCCAGUACGAUGGGUACGCGGGAGAUAUAUGGAGCUUUGGGGUGAGCAUCUUGGAGUUCUAUUUGGGACGGUUUCCUUUUGCGGUGGGAAGUCAAGGUGAUUGGGCGAGUCUCAUGUACGCAAUUUGCAUGUCGCAGCCGCCCGAAGUACCGCCCACGGCGUCGAGGGAGCUGAGGGACUUCAUCGGGUGUUGUUUGCAGAGGGAUCCGGCCAAGAGAUGGACCGCCGCCCAGUUGUUGCGCCACCACUUCGUUACGCAGAACAUGACCGUCAAUCAGGUUCCGCCUCAAGCUCACCAGCUACUCCCUCCACCUCCACUUUUCUCUUCUUCUUGAUUUUUUCUUUCUUUUUUUUAUUUGGGGGGGGGGGGGGGAUGGGGUUUCUCUUUCAUGUUGUGUAAUUUUUAUCUGAUGAUAAUCGGGGGAAAUGGGGCGGUCUUUUACUUGGAGCAAUUGAGGUUUCUAUCAAAUCAACCAUGUAUAAUGUGAUUAUGUGUACAAGAAAAGGAAAAAUCCAGUCUUUCAAGAUUGACACCAACCUUUUGGUGCCAUCA